AUGCAAGUUCGCGGCCAGUUGUCGACGAACUACCACUUAGAGGACCUCAACGAGGAGAUCUUGGCGUACGCGUUUGAUGAUCCGCAAGUCGCUCUUCAGGAGGGUUGCCCGAAGGAGCUUGAGGGGCGGGAGGAUAGUUGGGCGUGGCUCUGCGCUCAUUUUCAGGCGCCCGAUUAUGUGAAUAAAGCCCAAGUGAAUAAGGGCAAUAGGAAGAAGAAGACUCUUCUCCACCAUUCCGGCUCCAGGCCCUUCUCAUAUAGGAUGGAUGCACGGCGUCGGGGGGGGUCGAAAUUCCCAGAGAUCGACGUCUUUGGUGACGUUUAUGUUCGACCUGGGAAUGAGUUGGCCGAGUCCCUUCAUGUAAACGACGAUGGUGGAGAGGAGCCAGUUGGUUCUUCAGAGUCCGCCUCCCAACUUCCUCCCGAGACUCCGAUCGAGUCUGUGGAUCCUCCACAGGAUGCUGGAUUUCAGAUUUUGACGCAGACGUUGGAUCAGACUCUCGGGAGGAGGCCGGGAACAUAUUGUAGGGGGAUGGGGAAUGCCCGACAAAGGGAACCUCGACCGCGGUCAUCGUCGCAGGCAAACAGUCAGGUGACUGUUUUGACAUCGCGGGUUGCCGAGCUUGAGGGUCAGAUGUCGGUGAUUCUGCAGUCCCUCGCGCGGUCCGGCAUUCCAAUCCCGAAUUUUGGUGUGCCGACCUCCGAGCCCGUCCACCCCGAGCAUCCCCAACAGACCACAGCCCCUGUAGACGCCCAGACCUCCGAGCCGCAUGUGGCAGAUGACCAAGUAGAUUUUGGAACAUUAUUUGAUUAG